AUGGUGCCGCUGCUGCUGCUUUGCACCAACGGCCGUACGCUGCAAAUGCUCCGUGCGCCGCCAGCACGGUGCAGGCACCCCGUCUGCAGCGAGAGCCCGCUCGCAGGCGAGCUGGUCGACCUGCGCUCGACGCUGCAAGUCUUGGAGACGCUUCCUCCAUCGGUCGUCGAAAGCGCCUCGUCCGCUUGCGAGGCUGACGCUGCGAUGUCCGCAGCGCGGUCGGCGCUCGAGGCGCUCGCUGUGGACGAGCGCUCAUCGCUCGCCUCGAGCCCGCUGUCGGUUGCAGCGGCUCGCGCAGCAGCUAAGAGGGCGCUGGCCGGUGGCGAGCCCAGGGCGGAGCGGCUGUCUCAGCUGGCGGCGCUGGCUGAGAGAACGCUCGCGGCGGGGCGGCCUUUGUCGGCGUGGGCAGUCUUUGAGAUGGGAGCAGCGCGGCUCUCGAGGUGGCGUGCGGUUGGCUGCGAGGAGCGAAUGAGCAGGCCUCUGCUGGCCACCGCGCUGCGCUCCCUCGCGGCCCAACGGCGGCGGCACGACUUCGAGCGGUGGAUCGGCCGCGCCGAGGAGGAGCUGGGCGAGCCGCUCUCUGCCGAGAGCGAGCCGCUCUCUUCCGCGAUGUGCGCGGCGUGCGAGGCGGGGUGGGAGCAGCACGCCCUCGCGAUGAACGCCUCCCUUGCCGACGCCGGGCGCGCGCCGUCCACGGCAGCGCUCAACGCGCUGAUGGCGAUGCGCCUCGACGCCUCGGCGGACGGCGACGACGAACAGCGACAGCGCGGCGCGACGAGCGCCCUCGACGUAUUCAUCCGCAUGCGCGUCAGCCGAGUGCCGCCGCCCGACCGCGACUCGGCCGCGCUGGCGACUGCCGCGGCCGGCCGGCGCAAGGAGACGUGGAGCGGGCUUCGCAAUCUGCUUCGCCGGCCGUGGCUGCGAGUGCCGUGGAACGAGGCGACCGGGUCGGCGGCGAUCUGUGCGCUCGUCGAGGCGGGCCGGCUGCGGGCGGCGGCGGCGGCGGCGGCGCACGUGCGGGAGAGUGGCACGGCGGCGAACGCGUCGCCGCUCCUGUCCCUCCUCGCCUUUGCGUCUGGCCCACGGGGCUGCGCCGACGAGGCGCGGCUCGUGUACGCUGCCCUCGAGGCGAGGCUGGACGGCGAGGGCCCGCCUCGAGGCCCGCCGGCGGAGGCGCGGCUGCUGCUGCUGCGGAGGGAGGCGCCGGCGGCGCGGCUCCCGCUGCUGCUCGAAGGCGCGCGGGAGUGCUCCGGCUCGGGCGACGCGGCGGCGCUGCUCGCCGCGGCGGCGGUGCACUGGGCCAGCAGCGGCGAGGGUGGCCGCGCAGCAGCACUGCUCUCCUGGAUGACGCGGGAGGGGUACGAGUUGGGACACCCGGCUCGGGCGGGCGGGCAGGUGAAGGCCGCCUUUGCAGCGGAGCUGUCGCGGCGGUCCUCCGUCGAGGGCGGCGGAGACGACGUGUGGUGUUUGGCGCUGCGCUCCUGCGGCCGCGCCGCAGACGUGACCGCGUUGGCGGACGCGAUGGAGGCGGUGGCCGCCUUGCGCCCCGAGAGCCUCCAAGGCGGCGGGGCGGAGGAGGCGCGUGCCGUGGAGCUGGUCGCGUCGCAGUGUGCGACGGGCGCCAUCAGCGCCGCCGCGGUCCUCGUGCGGCGGCUGGGCGGCGCAGCGCGGCCCAUCGCGUUCGUGCUGCUCGUCGAGGCGUGCUGCGCCGAGGAUGUCCCUUCGAUGGCGCUCGCCCGCGCGACGCUCGGCGCGAUGAGCGACGCGGGCGCGCUCGGCGCCGCCUCGGUGGGCGAGAUGGCGCGCGUCUACAGCGCCCUCAUCCAGGGGCACGGCGCGCUCGCCCAGCUCGACCGCGCGCACGCCGCCUUCGAGGAGGGUAACGGCUGGCUCGUGCAGGCUGCCCGCGAGGCCGACGCGGGCGAGGGCGGCGACGAGGGCAGCGGUGAGGAGGGCAGUGCGGAGGUGCGUGCGGCGGAGGCGUCGCUGGUGGCUGCGAUGGUCGAGGCUGCGGCGCCGCACCCGGACGGGUUGCUGCUCGCUUGCAGCUUGCUCGAGGAGGCGGUGGGGCGCGGCGUGGUGACGCGGGUGGACGGGUACUACGAGCAGCUCAUCCACGGCCACUCCACCGCGGAGGAGCUUCAGUCCGCUCUCGACACACUCCGCUCGAGCGGUCCCACCCUCGGGCAGGGCUACCGCGCGUCGGACGCGACCAUCGCGUCGCUGAUGCGCGCGCUUCGCAGGCGAGACGGCGGGCUUGCGGAGGGCGCGGGCGCGGCGCGGGAGGCGGAUCGAAGCCGAGCGCUCGGCACGCUGCGGUCGGCCGGAGUGACGCUGGAGAGGAAGAUGGCGGACUACCUCUCGGGUGGCAAGCGGCUGCGCGGUCCCGGGCUCGACAAUGCGAACGACGUGCUCGCCGCCAGCGAGAGGGGCAUCCCGGCCGCCGGAGCGGACGGGCGGCGGGCGCCGUCCGUCGGGAUGUGGCGCCUCGACGGGGCCGGCGAGACCGUCGUGCACUCGGAGCCUCCGUCGGCAAGCGCGAUGUACGACGAGUUUGAGUCGUUGCUCGCCCUGGAGGAGCCCCCGCCGCGGCUCUCUGACUCCAAGCCUCCGCGCGAUACGAAACGCUCCGUCGGGUUCGAGCGCUUGCGAAAUGCCCAGCCCGGACGCAGCAGCACGGGUCGAAGAGGAGAGGCGCCAUGAAAACCAGCG